CGCGGGAACGGCCCCGACCCCGCUGAGGGGGCGGCCCGGGGCCACACCGGGGCUGCGGCGGGGCCGCCGCGAGCAGAGCUGGGCUCGCGCUCUCCCUUCGCUCCCGGCGGGGCAGAGAUGCGAUGGGAGAGACGGGAAAAGGGGCUGCUCCAAAGUACCUCUGCACCUACUAUGACAUUGUUGACUACCUGAACAUCUCCUCUCACAACAAGCUGCACACGUACAUUCUGCCAAAGAUAAAUCUGGAGCCUGUGGAAGUGACGCUGGAUUUCAUGCUGGUGGCAAUUCUCUCUGUGGUGGAAAAGCUCCAGACAGUCAGUUUUUACUUCGUCCUGAACCUGGAGUGGCAGAACCCUUUUGCAACCUGGGACCCACUGGAUUUCUGUAACAUUUCUGAAAUUAUUCUGCCCAUGGAUACGUAUUGGUCGCCCCCCAUCUUCAUCUUAGAGCGAGUGAAUGGGCAAGACCCAGAGCUGAAUUACAUGGUCCUCACCCACAACGGCAGCUUCAACUCCACCCGGCCCUUCCAGGUCACCCUGACGUGCAGCCUGAUAAUCCUCAAGUUCCCCUUCGACACCCAGACCUGCAACUUGAGCAUAGCUUCAUUCCUCUACCCAGCAGUAACAGACUUUGUCAUGAAGACGAGACGGACACCAGCUGAGAUCAUGAAAGACAGCCAGAGUUUCUUUCUAACUGAUGGAGAAUGGAAGUUCACCAACCUGAGCGUCAUUGAAUACACAGAAAUUCUGGAUGACAAACAUUUUUCUGUGGUCACCUAUCUGAUUUCCAUGGAGAGACGACCCACCCUCUAUAUUCUGAACCUGAUCCUCCCAACAUGUGCCCUGUACUUGCUGGACAUGGCUGUGUUGUUUGGACCCAGCUCUCUUGAGGAGAAAAUCAACUUCCAGAUUGCCAUCAUCCUUGGCAGCUCCAUGCUGGCUGUGAUUCUCAACAACAGCCUCCCAACUUCCUCCAACAAACCACCCAUAAUAGGCAAUGGAAUGCAAGAAAAUGCCAAUUAUCCAGCUUUCUGUGUUUUCCUGUUGUUCUGCAGUGGUGUUUUUCCUGGGCACCUUCCUGCUCAUGAUCAUGGCUGUGUUAGACACCUUCUUCCUGCUGUACCAGCAGCGCAAAUCCCUGCGCUUGGACAAGGUCCUCAGAGGCUUCCAGCAAGACCCACAGGAGCUGCCCAAGAGACCCCCAGGCAACCUGGCCAAGGGGGGUCCCCAACUGCUGCACCUUCCCAAGAAGGCCCAGGGACAAGGGCAGCCAACCAAGCACCUCUGGCAGCUGCAGGAGCUAGACCCAUUUCUGCCAGUUCUGGAGAAGGUGCUUCUCUACAGCCACCUCUUCCUGUCCCUGUUCUUUUUUACUGUGAUUUCUGUAAAAUGGAGCAGCUGAAGAUCAGCUCUGCCCAGUGCCAGCUCAGUUGUUCUCCACUGUCUUGCUUCUGACCCCCCUGCUGUAAUUUGCUCAUGCUCAAUUCAGAGCUGCAGUUCAGUUGCCUGAAUAAAAUAAAAUUAAAUUAAAAUUGAAUGUCACAGGACCUGAGAUCUGCAUGCGUAGUGCUUUGUACUCUGGUUCAAUAGAACUACAGAUGUUCUUUAAGUAUUCUGUGGGCUACUAAGCUAUUUGAAUAAAAUAGUUGUAAAAUCUGGGGAUAACAUCUUCAUUCUACCUAUCAGUAAUUCUGACCUCAAACAUGACAAAGAGGAAAAGGGGUUGAUUGCCUUCUCUUAGAGGAGUUUCCAUCUUGAAGGUGUUUAAGAAUUCCAUCUCAUAUUAUUAAAUAAAACAACACAAGUCUUC